AUGAAUUAUGAGACGGGUAACGGCAUAUCGGCAGAAGAACAAGGGUAUGUGAAGAAUCAAGGUGUACCAGAACAGGAAGCUCAGGUUGCCCAGGGACAGUACCAGUACACAGCACCUGAUGGACAGGUAAUCCAACUGCAGUACUUAGCUGAUGAGAAUGGAUUCCAGCCGCAGGGUGCUCACAUUCCAACAUCACCACCGAUCCCCAGAGAAAUCCAGAGCGCUUUGGACUACUUGGCUACUCUGCCUCCACCUAAUCCAGAAAAUAGAGACUAUGGAAGGAAUUAG